AUGCGUCCUCAAUCUCAUCCAUCACGUAGGAGUCGGCGCCAGGGAAACCUUCCAGCCAUUGAGCUGGCCCUGCCUGCUCCUGCACGCCGCCGUACCACGCCAAUGAUACAAGCUGAGCCUACUGAGCCCAUUGAGCCCAUCGACAACAGGGCUUCUGCAGUGCCUGCUCCAGACAUUGACCAACAAGGUCGAGACUAUAUUGCAAAGCAUGGAAAGUCUGAAAGAACACUUCAAGACUACUCCUUCAAGGUUGGAAGGGUGCAGGCGUGGUUGGAUGAGCAGCCUGUAGACCCUGAAAGACCCAUCCAGAGGGGACUGCGCGAGCUGAACCAAUGGAGCGAGGAAGCUGUUUGGAGGUGGCUAGCAGCCCACUCUGAGCUGCUUCGCUAUGACAACAUCAAGAACUACCACAGUGCAUUGGCGCAGCACUUCCAUGCCACCUUUCAUUGCUCGCACCAAAAGAGCUCUGGCUGGCGCUGGGUCAAUGGUGUCUGGGAAGGCAACCCUGUCUAUAGUGAGCGCUACCUUCAGCUCAAGAAGAGCAUUCAAAGGUCCUCUGCAACUACUCAGCCACCUGUCCGUCACGCCUUACCAAUGCUGUAUCCAAAGCUAGAAAAGCUGCUCGACAUAUUGGAGAGCAAGCAGCGCAACUUUGACAGCACCCCCAAUGUGCUCUCACCCCAGCGUACGCACACAGAGUUUAUGUAUGCUUUCAUGGUUCUGGCCUAUAGGCUUUGGAUGCGCUGUGACGAAGCCUGCAAGCUGGUUUGGGGUGAGGUUGAACAUGUGCCAGUUUUGCACCCAGAGACAGAGACAUUCUACGUCAGUGUCACCCUCACAUGGCGCAAGAAUAAUCAGCUAGACGCUGCCAACAGCAGACCCUACAUGCUCUUUGAUCUACCUCAGCGUCCCAAGGUCAGCGCUAUUCAGGCAGUGGUGCGUUGGAGAAAGUAUUGGACAUGGGUGCACAAGCGCACACCAGAGCCCCAGGACCUCGUCUUCCCUGGUUACCAUCCUCGGACGGGUCAGCUUGAUGUCAGGCGCAUGCUGCGUGCACACCAAGUCAACAGUCUUUUAGAUCAGGUGUUCAAUGCCACUGACACCAUUCAGUCUAUUGGCCUCUACCGCUAUACAUCACACUCUUUUCGCCGUGGUGGCGCACAGGAUGCCUUCAUUUGGGCCAAUAACUACGGGGAGCCAAAGAAGUCACUUGCAUUUGUUCGCUGGUGGGGCGGUUGGGGAGCUGGAGAGAGUCUGCAUACCAUUGAGCGCUAUGUUAUCAAUGUGAUGAGCGAGCAUGAGGGCUAUUUUGGAGACAUGGAGAACCCAUUGCUGUUGACCAACCGCCGCGAGCAUUGGUGCGGCGGAGACAGCGGUGUGGUGGCCCAUGCAGUUGCGGCCUUUCAGCAGGCUGGACGGGAGCAGCGCGAGUGGUUUGAAGCAGAGCGUCGCGAGCUCACAAACCUCAUCACCACACAACAACAACUACUCACUGCUCCUACUGGCACUGACAGUGAAAGCAGAGCUACUGGCAACGCAAACCUCAACAGUGCUCCUCAUUCUUUGGCAGAGGCCAGUGCAAUACACCCAUCAGCUCCACAACCCACCAUGGAAGGUGCGUUUCAUUAUCACAGUCACUCGACCACCAAUGUCAUCAUCAACGUUCAUGGCAAGCCAAUGCCCCAAAAGAUACCAAAAGCAUCGACAGUCCUUGAUGUAGUCUCUCAAUGGGAGCUAGGGGAUCCUUCCAAUGGCCUCACGCCACUCCGUGAGUGGGUACCUGCCAUGCGUCAGAAGGGUGAGGGUGGCAAUGCGAGCCUCUACACAAACCGCAAAAAGAUCUAUGAUGCCUAUCUCAAACGUGGUGCCAAUCUUCGUGCUUUCUAUCAAGCUUAUGGGGGAGAAGACAAGAAACUUGGCGAAUACAUUGCUGCAAUUGACAAGGAGGCUGCGCACCUACGCGCUUUAGCAAAAGGUGCGGUAAGGCAAGCCAACGCGACGCGUGAAGCAGGCAAGCACACAAGGAAGAGUUCUGGAAGGACGCGUCGAGGCCAGUAG